AGAGGGAUGAAAUCAUUAUAACAUUUGCUCUCUCGAUUGUCUCUACAGCAUAAACAUAAAAGAUAGAAGGACAAAGGUUGGUUGCUCGUACCAGUGAUUGUGAAAAAUCAGAGAGGAGCUGUGCCUGCAGUUAUGAACAUGAGUUUGUUUGUGCUGCUUCUGCUGUCAGGACUUCUGUUCAGUGCUUCUGGUCUUUUGCGAAAUUAUCAAUACAUAAACAUAAGCAUGACAUGGACAGACGCUCAGAGUUACUGUAGAAAGAGAUACACUGAUCUGGCUACUGUAGACUCGAUGGAUGAUGUGAACAGGAUAAUGAAUACAGUGAAUGAUGGAUACAGAGGAUCAGUGUGGAUUGGACUGCAGACAGCAAUCCAAAGCCGUUGGGUUUGGUCAAAUGGAGAAGAUACCAUUUCAGAGUACAAUGCAUGGAACAAAGGAGCACCUUAUGGAACUGGAGAUUGUGUUUCAAAUUACAAUAAUGCUUGGUACUCUAAUCGGUGUGAAUCCUUCUAUAAUUUGGCGUGUUACAAUGCAAGAACUGGAUAUGUCAAAAUAAAUUCUUUGAAAAACUGGACAGAUGCUCAGAGUUACUGCAGACGGUAUUACACUGAUCUGGCCACUGUCCACAACUCUCAAGAGCAGCAAAAGCUACAUGCAGUUCUUGGAAGUUCUCCUAGCUUCUGGAUCGGUCUGUACUCAGACUCUUGGCAGUGGUCUGAUCAGUGGAACCUCACCUUUAAAAACUGGGCAGCAGGACAUCCAAUGGGGAAAUAUGGUAACUGUGUUGCUAUGUCAACAACUGACUCUGGGAAAUGGGUCCGAUACAGCUGUGACCAAAAAUACUAUUUCAUCUGCAAUGGAGCUAAUAGACAGAUUGUCAGACUGAACUUCUCCAAUAUUGGGAAACACAACUUCAAUGAUCCUUUGGUACAGGCUGCCAUUCUUAAUGAGAUAAAUAUAAAGCUAAAGAGCCUUGGACUGGAGAAUGCACAGAUAAACUGGAGAAAGGAUGAAGAUGGAGAGGUGUUUCAUCUGAGCAAACGUACAGUCACCGUCAAUUCAAGUACUACAUGUGAUAAACACCCCUGAACUUUGUUUUUUAAUGUAAAGAACAGCCUCAAGAGAAUAUAAAACACACAUAUUUCAAAUUUAAGGUGUGUUUUUAAUAGAGUUUUCCU